AUGGCGCAAGGUUCGCAGAAGUUUAAAGCUCAGCGUCCAGGCGCCGCGAAAAAACAACAACAAAACAAGCAAAAGGGACCGAAGAAAGGAGGAAGGAUCAUUGCACCUAAAAAGGCAAAUGUUAUUCAACAACAGAAGCUCAAAAAGGGUCUGGAAGUUGCCAUCCGGAACAAGAUUGAACAUGAUGUGACGCAGAGGGCGAGCUCAUCCCUACACAAGCCCCUCAGCGUGGUCAAAGGCACUGAGGGCAAAGGCAACACGGGACCAGCUCGACCAGGAAUCAGCUCAAAAUAG